AGGAACUCCGGGAAUGCGAUGGUCAGCCCGCCCUCUCUCUUGUCGGCAGCCCGGAGUUGCUGCCUCGGCUUUCGCUCGGCCACCCGCCGCCGCCGCCGCUCGGAGCCGCCGAUCCGCUGCCCGAGAAGAGGCCUUAUCUACUCAAUCCCUCCUGAUGUGACAGAUCCUCCAUCCCAGGGACCAGUCUGGUGAAUCUGCACUGCGCCCCCUCUAUAAAGCAAGCAAGUACAUUUGUUCAGCUGCCGCCCCGGCCAUGGCCUCCGACGACGUGGUGCGGUUCCACUUCCCGAACCACGAGGUGUCGAUCCUGCAGCGGAUGAACCAGCUGCGGCUGGAGGAGCGCUUCUGCGACGUGACCAUCGUGGCGGAGCGGCUGCGGUUCCCGGGGCACCGGGUGGUGCUGGCCGCCUGCUCGCCCUUCCUGCGGGACCAGUUCCACAUGAACCCGUCGCGGGAGGUUCAGGUGUUCCCCAUGACCGGGGCGCAGACGGUGCAGCGGCUGCUGCUCUCCUGCUACACCGGCACGCUGGAGUUCCCGUUCCGGGACAUCCUCGACUACCUGACGGCCGCCAGCUGCCUGCAGAUGGAGCAUGUGGUGGAGAAAUGCCGGCAGUCACUGUCGCCGCGGAUCGGGCCCCGCCUGCCGCCGCCUCCAGGAGCGGGACCGGGGCUGCCCGGGGACGAGGCAGAGAGGGAGCGGGAGAGGGAGCGGCCGUGCACGCCGCAGAUCGCCAGCUCCUCCGAGCGCGACGGGCCAUGGGGCGAGCCGGGCGAGGCGGUGAAGCUGGAGGAAGAGCCGCAGACCCAGCCUCCCAGACCCCGGCCCCGGCCCCGGCCUCCCGCCGCCUUCGGCCCGGCAGACGACCUCCGCAUCCGCAAGGUGGAGUCUCUGGCCGACUGCAUGGCACCCGGUCCCGGCGAAUGCCCGGAGCCCGACCCGCGCAUCCACUCGACCGUGGGCGGAGGAGGGGGCGGCGGCGGCGGCGGGGGCCACGACUACCCCGAGGCCGGCGGCGCAACCUACGACAUGUCCGAGGUCCUCAUCUCGGACGACUUCCCCGAGGAGGACUACGAGAGCUCGGCCAGCGAGGACUGCCGCAGCGGCUUCUACCGGGGCCCCGAGGAGCCGGCGCCGCCCCCCGGACCCGGCCCCGAGGCCGAGCCCGCCCGCUGCUCCGAGUGCGCGGCCGCCUUCGAGCAGCGGGAGCACCUGGCGGCGCACAUGGUGACCCACCGGCUCUACAUGUGCCUGCUCUGCGGCAAGGUCUUCAAGAAGAACGCGCGGCUGGCGCAGCACAUCAACGUCCACACCGGCUUCAAGCCCUACUGCUGCGCCGUGUGCGGCCGCACCUUCACCCAGAAGCGCUCGCUCAAGGACCACAUGAACGUGCACAACGGCGACUCGCCCCACUGCUGCAACUACUGCGACAUGCGCUUCACCCACUACAGCACCCUGCGCGUCCACCUGCGGGACCAGCACGGCAAGACCACCACCCGCAACCUGGAGAACAAGCCGGCCGAGAUCAGCAUGGUGGUGCCUUAGUGACCAACUGCGCGCCCCUCCCCACCUAACCCCUCCCCACCUAAAUCCCCCUCAUCCCUCCCCACCUAAAUCCCCCUCAUCCCUCCCACCUAAUUCCUCUUCGGUCACUCUCUCCUCUGCUCCCCUUCCCUCCCGUUCACCCCUCCUUCUCUUCCCUUAUUCCUUCCCUCCAACCAACCCCUGCUGCCCUCUUCCCUCCCACCCCUUUCUCAUGCUGCUCCCACCAUCUCCUUUCCCCUCUUGGUCCACUUCAUCUGCUCACUCCACCUCCCUGCAACCCUACCCCCCACCCCGCUCGCCGUUCCCCUGGUGCUCACCCCUCCCACAGGGCACGGCAAGACCACCACCCGCAAUCUGGAGAACAAGCCAGCCGAGAUCCAUUUCCUCAUGCCCCCCUAAACCCCUCCCCGACUCUGCUGCUCCCCUCAUCCCAGCCUCCUCCAUCCACUCCCACCUCCCCCUCCUCCCUCUACUGCCUCCUUGUCCUUAAUCUCCACUCUCAGCCCCUCUCCCUCCCCUACUCCUCCAUUCCUUCCUUCCCACGCUCGCCCUCUCUCCCUCCCUCCCUCCCCCACCUCCCCUCCCCCGACACCAAUCGAGCAGUUUGCCGCCUGGUUUCCAGGCAAGGACUCCUGUCUGUCGGUCCUUCUCGCGGCUCGGCUUCAUUGGGGGUGUGGGCCCCGGGUUUUAUUUGGGUCUGUCCGUUGACAGGAUUUGCAUCUUUGUGUAAUCUAUAUUUUUAUUCU